AAGCUGGACAAAUACUUCAGUUCCAGUUCAGGCUGCCCCCUGAAAUCUUUCGUGAGCAUCACACACACUACACAAACUACUCAAAAUCGAGAAUGUUUCAACCGGAGUACGAGCAGCGAUUGCUGCAUCAAAUGACGGGUGGCAAGCAGCAGCUGGAUUUGCGAUGCAUUCCCCAGCGGGCGGGCAGUCAGGCCGCCCGAAAUUUCCACUUGCCAGAUUCUGCAGAGCCCCAGGCAGAGAACGACAAGGAGGUGUGCCACAGUACUCCGUAUGCCUGUCUGCUGCGCAAUGAGUUUCUGGGCACGAAGAUCGCCUCGCUCGAUCAGUGCAAGGUCAGCGCAAAGAUCCAUGCAGAGACUGGCGACUUCAAGGUGACGGAAAAUACGCGUCUUUACCGAUUUGGAAACGAGAUGCCAAGGAGUGAGGAUGAGACUUCACUGCCUGCUCUGCGAAGGCCGUUCGCAACCGUAAGCCAAUGCAGCCAAAGACUGCUCAGCAGCUCGGCUGAAAGUCCCACCCGAAGGCUCUCGCGGGUUCCGUACAAGAUACUCGACGCCCCCGAGCUGCUGGAUGAUUUCUACUUGAAUCUCAUCGACUGGUCGUCGGAGAACAUUCUGGCCGUGGGCCUGGGAUACUCGGUUUACCUGUGGAAUGCAGUCGAUGGCCAAGUGACGCGGUUGUGCGACUUCACCCAGGAGGAUAAUCUGGUAACGGCGGUCAGCUGGCGCAACGGGGGCGGCGCCACCCAUGAGGUGGCUAUUGGCACGCAGAGUGGCUGUGUCAGAAUCUAUGACGCAAGGCGGCAGAAGCAAAUCAACCGGCUUGGCGGGCAUACGGCGCGAGUAAACGCCCUGGCGUGGCGAGGCAAUAACCUGAGCAGUGGCUCCCUCGACUGCUCCAUCCUACAGCGGGACGUACGCACGCCCCCGCUGCACAUUACGCGGUGCCUUCGUGGGCAUAGGCAGGGCGUCUGUGGCCUGCAAUGGUCGCCGUCCCAUAAGUACUUGGCCAGCGGGGGCAACGACAACCGGCUCUUGGUGUGGACAGACAAUAGUCCCGAGCCCAUCUAUGCCUUCGAGGAGCACAAGGCGGUGGUGAAGGCCUUGGCCUGGUCGCCGCACAAAUCUGGUCUGCUUGCCAGUGGCGGCGGUACCGCAGACGGCUUUCUGCGCUUCUGGAACGUGCUCACUGGCAAGAUGGUGCAGUACAUCGAUACCGGUGCCCAGAUCAGCAACCUGGCUUGGUCGCGUCAUACCUCCGAGCUGGUGACCACGCACGGCUAUUCGCAGCCGCAGGUUAUUGUAUGGCGCUAUCCCUCGCUGAAGCAGGUGGUCCGCCUCUCUGGUCACACGCAUCGCGUUAUUUAUCUGGCCGUCAGUCCCGACAACGAGUCCCUGGUGACGGGCGGAGGUGACGAGACGCUGCGCUUCUGGGCGGCGUUCACCAAGAGGCAGCCGGCGAAGGUGCCAAAAUCAGUGCUCAGCUUGAAUCAAAUCAUCAGAUGAAACCGAUUUUUCUCGAUAUUAUUUCUAUUUUAUAAAUGUUUUUCGCAAGGCAAAA